CACACUACUCCACCUCUCACUCACUCACCGGAAGAGAGAGAAGCAACCCCUCCACCAAGCAACAUUUUUCCAUUUUUUUAUUUUUUCCAAAUAAUCCUUCAUUACAAAUACAACCCUUCCGUGCUUCAUAUACUCUCUCUCAACAACUAUUCACAUAAAAUCGCCUCGUUCGUGGUGCUUUCUCAUCCUUCUCUGGGUUCCACUGUGCCGAUGACUUUUCUUAUCAUCACGGAACCAUCAUCAUCAUCAUCAGCAUCCUUCCAGUCUCAACAUUUUCUCUUCAUGAAUAACAAUCGUCGCACCAGGCUUUGGAAUAUCUUCUUUCGCCAUUGGACUUGAUCUUCCUUCUCCAUUAUUAGGGUUGUUAUAAGUUAAUUCCCUCUUUUUUAUUUUUAACAUUGUCUUUUAUUUACAAGCCUUGUUUUUGUUUUUAGUUAUUGUUUAUUCACAUUGUUGUUGCGCUUAAGGACCUGAGUUUGUUUCUGUUUGUUCAAUUUGGGGGUUUGGUAGUUUAAGGUUGUUAGUUUCUGAAACAUUUUCUGUUUGGGUUUGGUUUUUCUUUUUGAUUUUUCCAUGGCCGAAACAAAAUUGAUGAUUCCAGGGUUUCGUUUUCACCCCACUGAUGUUGAGCUGGUAAUGUAUUUUCUCAAGAGGAAGAUUUUGGGUAGAAAAUUCCCUUUUAAUGUCAUUGAUGAACUUGACAUUUACAAGUAUGCUCCAUGGGAUCUACCAGAAAAAUCUUUGCUCAAGAGUGGUGAUUUGCAAUGGUACUUCUUUACCCCUGUCGGAAAGAAAUAUUGCACGGGAGGGAGGAUGAAUCGGGCAACAGAAGUAGGCUACUGGAAGACUACAGGGAAGGAUAGGUCGAUUGAACAUAGGAAUCAAGUGGUGGGGAUGAUAAGAACCCUGGUGUUUCACACUGGCAAAGCUCCUAAAGGAGACCGAACUGAUUGGGUUAUGCAUGAAUACAGACUCGAAAACAAAGACCUAGCUGACAAUGGUGUUCCACAGAACUCCUAUGUGAUUUGUAGGGUAUUUCAAAAGGAAGGUCCUGGUCCCAGGAAUGGUGCACAGUAUGGAAAACCAUUUAAUGAGAAAGACUGGGAUAGCGAAGAGGAAAUUGAUUAUGUACAAGCUGUCCCUGUUGCUGCUGUGUCUGCACCAGCUCUCAUUCUACCUAGCUCAAGCCAUAUUUCUGAAGAAAAUGAUAUGCAUACCUCUGCAAGGGGAUGCACUGGACAGACCUCUUUAUCAGGUCUAUCAAGAUUGAUGCCCUCUGGCACGACACACCCUUCAGCUCCAGGCAAUCAAGCUGAUGAUGACAUUUUAUCCAUGCUUGCUAUCUUUGACGAUGAAAAUGCAUUGGCUGGGAAUGAAAACAAUGGAUCUGAGAAGGUUGAUAAUCCUGGUCAGGCAAACAAUGCUGAAGAUGUACCUUAUUUAAUUCCAAAUGAGAUUUUUGAGGACUUGGGAGAUCUCAACAGCUUGGUUGGAUUGGAUGAAGGAGGCGGUUUUUCCUAUGGCCAAAAAGAUGAAUACGAAAGGCUUUCUACUGGCAACGUCUCUUUGUUUUGCAACCCCCCUGAUUUCUUUGAGUUGCUUGACCUAGAGGUGCCAUUAUCUUGGCAGACUAAACAUGAUGGCUGAUUUAUUUGAGUUGCUUGACCUAGAGGUGCCAUUAUCCUGGCAGACUAAACAUUAUGGAAGUUGGGGAAAGAUAAACAAGCUUAGAAAAUUGAGGAAGUGGAGACAGAAUUUGGCAGAACUAUAUCUGCAAGUACCUAGUAUGGACUAGAGAAAACUAUAGAUUCUCUUCCUAUUCUCCGUUAUAAAACAUUGUACGUGGUAUGAAUUGUCAAUUUGAAUUUGAACAUUAAUUUCUGGAAUAAGCUAACAUAUGUAAACUGAUGAAUUAUAUGCUUGAUCACAGUUAUUUGUUGGACUAUUAUUUGUUUAGUAAAAUCUUGUUAUGCUAAAA